UUACCCUUUCUGGCCUCUCUCGACCUUCGCGGAACGCAAAAACUGGUAACCGACGUGAGCCUCACACGCCUAGCGACCAAGUGCCCCUUUCUUGAGGAGAUUGUUCUCGCCAAUAUGUCCUCAAUUACGAAGGAGGAUGGCGUGGUAACCAUGCUCCACGGUCUGCCCCGUCUUCGAGUACUAGACUUAUGUGGCCUCUCCGUGGUCGGAGACGACACACUGCAGGCGCUGGCAUCUAGUUGCCCCCUGCUCGAGGAACUGGAUGUCAGUUGCACUUCUGUCACUGAAAAGGGGCUUCUACAUUUGGCUAAUGCUCCGGCUCGCAAUCUCAGAUCACUGCGCAUCAGUUUUUGCGACCACAUCACAAAGGACUCGUUAGCAAACGUUGUUGCUGCCUGUCCCCGGCUUACGUGGAUCGCUUUGUAUGGAUUCUCUUGGAUCGACAGGUGGAAUUUCCUUUUUGAUGUUCGUCCGAACCUAGUGAUCCAGGCCGAAACUCAGACGCUUACGGCCGCCUCUGUUCAAGCUGACGGCGAGAAGGUACAAUCUUAG